AAUUGCUGCGAAAUAAAAGACAUUUGCUCAGCACUUUGUGGCACAGUUUGAAGUGGAUCUGGCGAAGAAUCAGCCAUGGGAGCAGGCGGAGAAAUAGCCAUCGAGGAUAUUGGCCUGGUGAGCAUCAACGUGCGGAUGUGGCGGUACUUGGCCGUGCUUUAUCCCACCCCGGGCACCGACUGGCGGAAGUACGCUUUCGUCCUGCCCGUGACCGCUAUGAACUUUAUGCAGUUUCUCUACCUGCUGCAGUCGUGGGGCGACCUGCCCGCCUUCAUCCUCAACAUGUUCUUCUUCUCGGCCAUUUUCAACGCCCUCAUGCGCACGUGGCUGGUCAUAAUCAAGCGGGUCCAGUUCGAGAAGUUCCUGGACCAACUGUCCGUCCUCUUCCACUCGAUUCGCGACGAUAGCGAUGAGUGGGGGCGUAACAUUCUCCGGCAGGCGGAGGAUGAGGCCUGUCACCUGGCUAUUCUCAACCUGAGUGCCUCGUUUCUGGACAUCGUUGGGGCUCUUAUAUCGCCAUUGUUCCGGGAGGCUAGAGCCCAUCCUUUUGGGGUGGCCCUGCCCGGAGUUAACAUGACCCGCACGCCCGUUUACGAAAUUGUUUACUUGGCCCAGUUGCCCACCCCCGCACUGCUGUCCAUGAUGUACAUGCCGUUUGUCAGCCUCUUUGCCGGCCUGGCCAUCUUUGGCAAAGCUAUGCUUCAGAUUUUGGUCCACCGAUUGGGCCAGAUGGGUGGAGAGGGCCAGACGGUGGAGGAACCGGAGUUCCGAAUGCUAUGCGAUUGCAUUCAGUACCACAUUCGGGUGAUAGGCUAUGUGAGGCGGCUCAACGAUUUAGUUACCAACAUUGUGGCAGCCGAAGCAAUUAUCUUUGGCUCGAUAAUCUGCUCGCUGCUCUUUUGUCUGAACAUAAUAACUUCGCCCACCCAGAUCAUAUCGAUUAUAAUGUACAUAUUCACCAUGUUGUAUGUCCUGUACACCUACUACAAUCGCGCCAAUGAUCUCUCCAUUGAGAACUUCCGUGUGGCAGAGGCCGUUUACAAUGUUCCGUGGUACAGGGGCAGCAUUCGUUUCCGCAAAACCCUUCUGAUCUUCUUGAUGCAAACGCAACACCCUUUGGAGAUAAGAGUUGGCAACGUUUACCCCAUGACUUUGGCCAUGUUCCAGAGUCUGUUGAAUGCGUCGUACUCCUACUUCACCAUGCUGCGUGGCGUCACCAACAAAUGAGCUGAAAGACCAAAAACCCGGCACUCGAAACUACAGGAUGCCUCUUUGCCCUGCCUCCUAACCCUGCACAUCUCCAAUUUCUGUUUUUCACUUGGCCAGCAAUCCGAGUAAUGCAAAAAGUUGUUGCUGCCUGUUGGCCUGGCUGGUUGUUUGGCAUUUGCAUAUGCUUGUCGUUUGAAAGGAUUUAAUCGGACCAGGAUGCCGGAGUCGGUAGUCCUGGCUCCUGGCUCCUGGCUAGUGGCAUGCAAAUAGUUUGCUGCAGAAGGAGAGAAAUGCUUUGAAUUGGCUUCUUAGAUUGUUACACAAAAUAGAUUGUAGAUUAAAGCAAAAUG